GUCAGUCGGUUUCCUUGGCUGUGUGUGCAUGAUCAUACACACGUGUUGGUUCAGCAUUAAAUCUGUAACUUCUACCCUAACAAGCAGCAUUAGUUGUUAAGAACCAGCAGGAGAGGAGAAGAGAGGAGACUUCCUGCCGCCAUGGGCCCGCUACGCUCAAAGAAGCGCCGGCCGACGUUCCGCCGUCUGUUGAAGACGAGCGGCAUGAAGCUGGAGAACAAGAUGAAGAACCGACAGAUGAAGCAGCAGAAUGUGGCCAAGAAGCAGCGCAAGGAGCAGAAGAGGCUGCGGCAGGCCAUGAAGGGCGCCAGCCUGCAGAUGCCCCGCCCCCUGGAGACGUACAGGAAGAGACCAGAGGAAGAGGAGGAGGAAGAGUUCCUGGACAGCCUUCCCACAGACAUGAUGGAUGAUGCAGACUUGGAACAGUUGACCGCCAUGGCCCAGAAAGCCUCCUUUAUAACCAGAGACCUGUCGUCAUGUGGGCCAGUCCACAGUGGCAAGAAGAGGAGCGCCGACGUGGUCCGCGGUUACGAGAAGGUUCCUAGAAAGAUGGCGAGGGUGGAGGAGAAGGAGAUGAUCCAGCUGCUUCCUAUAAAAGACAAAAGUGGAGUGAUCCCGAGGAGCAUGGAGAAAGUUAAACCGCAUCCAAAGGACAAAGAAGAGGAAGAAAAUGAUGAAGAACCUGCAGAAACAGCAGAGCAGCAGGAGGAAGAGGGCGCCUCAUCCAGCUACAUGGGCCUGACGCCGGAGGAGAGGGAACGUUACAGAGUCCAUACACUAAAAAUGAAGAAGCAACGCAUCGCCAGCCUGGCUUCAGCCAUCAUCUCAGACCCGCUGAACAACACCAAGCGUAUGAAGGAGCUGCGGGGGAUGAUGAUGGAGUCUGACCCAAGCGUUGCCGUUUCGGUGAGGAAGAUGGUGAUGGUUUCUCUCAUGGAGGUGUUUAAGGACAUCGCCCCCACCUACAAGAUCCGACCUCUGACCGCUGCAGAGAAAAGCACCAAGGUGAAGAAAGAGACGCAGCAGCUUAGAGAGUUUGAGGAAAGCCUUGUGAGCCAAUACAAGUUUUACCUGGAGGACCUGGAACAGACCAUCAAAGACUGGAAGCAGAAGAAGAGGAAACGAGUCCAGGCGGUGAGCUUCCAGUCGUACCGCGGCCUGGCGGAGGUGUCCAUCCGCUGCCUGUGUGAGCUGCUGCUCACCAUGCCGCACUUCAACUUCCACAACAACAUCAUCGUCGUCCUCGUUCCUCUGAUGAACGACCCCCUGAAGAAGGUGUCGGACAUGUGCUGUGACGCAUUUAAGAAGCUCUUCCAGGAUGACAGAAUGGGCGGGGCAUCCCUGGCUACCGUCAGGGUCAUCUCUGGCCUCGUAAAGAGCCUCAACUACAACAUCAAACCAGAGGUGCUUCGAACUCUGCUGAGCCUGAGGAUCAAAGAGGUGGAGAUGAAAAGGGAUCUGGAGGCCACGGCUCCCAAGAAGAAGUUCAUGACCAACAAAGAGAGAAAAAAGAACCUGUCCAGGAUGCAAAGGAAGGUAAACAAAGCUGGAGUCAUGACCGUGAUUUUAUUCCCUUCCAGUUUUGCUCACCUGAUCAACCUGGAGUUCUUUGAUGAUCUGCUGAAAGUGCUGCAGAACCUCAUCCAAUCCGGAGAUCUGACCAAUCGGGAGAGUCUACACUGCAUCCAGACAGUCUUCACCAUCCUUUCUGGACAAGGUGAAGCCCUGAACAUCGACCCUCUGAACUUCUACUCUCAGCUUUACAGGAUUCUGAUGCAUCUUCAUGCAGGGGCUCCCAAUGAUGACGUCACCAUUUUGCUACGGUGUCUGGACGCUAUGUUGACCCGCCGCAGGAAGCAGGUGACCCUCCAGAGGGCCAUGGCCUUCGUCAAACGUCUGAGCACGCUCAGUCUGCAUGUCCUGCCCAACGCCAGCGUUGGAAUCCUUGCAGCAAACCGAGCCACUAUGCACGCGUUCCCCAAGUGCGACUUUCUUUUGGAUAACGAGAUUCAGGGCAGCGGGUUUUACCUACCAGAGCUGGACGAACCUGAGCAUUGCAACGCUCAGAACUCUGCACUCUGGGAGCUCCACCCACUUCAGAGACAUUUCCACCCAGUUGUUCAGCUUUUUGCACGUCAUUUGAGUCGGGGAGCUCCCAGUGACGGCUCAGGAGCGCUCAGCCUGGAGCUCUGCCGCAGGUCUCCAAUGGACCUGUUUGCAGACUACAGCGUCAAAGACAUGACCUUUAACCCUGCUGUGGCUUCGCCUCCCUCAAAGAAAAAGGAUAAGUUUGUGGUUGGAGCAUCGCUGCUGGACGACGAGCUGCAGAAACAAGUAGAUUGCAUCUUAAAAAUGUCAGAGGACACAAAACUGGACUUUGCUAAAGCACGGCACUGACACACACCAAGCCCCCCGCCUCACAGGGAGGCUCCUGCUGGAUGGUGACCAGAGGCAGGCAGUCUGAUAUGUUUGUCAGACAGCAGGAAUAAGCUGAAGGACCUGCCAGCCUGAUGCUUUACCUGCUCUGGACUAUUAUUUGCUGCAUUUUUUCACUUUUUACUGCUUUUCAUCAGGGUGGAAAGUUCCAUCAAUAAUUCCCAUUUGGCUUCCAUUACUUCAGCUGGUUUCUUGCAGCUUGUUUUAGACACUCCUGUUGCCCUAUGGAGCUAAAUUGGGGCCAUAAAGUUUGUUCAGAAAAAUGUCUUUGAACUGGUAAAAAAAUAAAUGUAUUUGAGACAAAAAAGAUGUAAAAUUUUACAGAUGUUUGAAAAAACUUUUAAUCUGUGCAUUUUCCAUCACGCUUUAUCCCUGCUGGGGUG